UUUAGUCCAUUAAAAAAACAGUACGGGCCUUGAACAAGGAAGUAAGCAGUACUUGCCGUUUUCAACGCGCAGCUCAACGAGCCAAUCGUAGCCGAGUUGAAGCUCGUUUAGCUGAACGCGCCAAUCAUAACCUAGUUAGAGUCUGGAACCGCGAGCCUUUGAGACGAGUACCUUAAGUGCGCCCGUUUUGGCUCGCUACUGUAAAGCAGAAUGAAGAGCAUCCAAUUAAAUUUUAGGCGACAAUGUCAACAGGAUCCAGAGGAGGCCGGGUCCGAGUCUGCCAGUGAUCUUGUCGAUAUUGAUUUUGCUGAGCCACCAACAACACAAGAUGAAGAUUCGGCCAGCAGUAGCCUUAACACUGGCACUGCCCCAGUGUCGCCAACCACUGCCGGUGGGAAACAAUACAAAUACAACGCACAGUGGGAGAAAGCGUUCCCGUGGUUGCAUUUUGAAGGAAAUGUUAUGUUUUGCAAAUAUUGCAAGGCCGAACCACAACUUGCAGGCAAGCUUUCUUCGUUUGUGGUGGGGAAUCCUCACUUGAAGAAGGACACUGUUAAAAAACACAACGCGUCGAAAAAGCACAUUGAGUGCAGAGAUAUCCACAUCAAGAGUACCAACGAAUAUCCGGUAACAAUUCAAUCGGCUCUGAGGAGGCAGAACAACUUUCUGGCGUCACAUUUUACCUCACCUCUCAAGAUGACGAUGACUCAGUAUGACCUGUCAAACACGCUCCCACCCCACACACUGACCCGGCUGGCACGGGAGUGGCUGGCAGAGGACACACCAAACUUUGACCCUGCAGGGCUGUGUGUGGGGUCACAUGAGGUCGAGGCCAGGUUGUUGUGCAAAACGCCGUGCAGCGUGCUGGCGGGCAGGCCUUUCUUCACCGCUGUCUUCACUGAGCUCAGCUGCACUGUGGAAUGGGCACACAAAGAGGGAGCACAGCUGGGUCCAGAUGCGGUGGCCCAGACUGCUGUGGUCAGAGGCCCAGCAAGGUGCGUCCUCCUCGGGGAGAGACCGGCCCUCAACUGCCUGGCCCGGGCCUCGGGGAUAGCCACCCGCUGCUCCCAGCUACAGAGCAUCGCCAGGGAGGCAGGCUGGCACGGCCAUGUGGCUGGCACGCGUAAAACCACCCCUGGGUUCCGGCUGGUGGAGAAGUAUGCCAUGCUGGUGGGCGGCGUGUCCAUGCACAGACAGGACCUGAGUGGGAUGGUGAUGCUGAAAGACAAUCAUAUAUGGGCAUCAGGGAGUAUCACAAAGGCGGUGAGGGACGCCCGCUCGGUGUGUGGCUUCAGCAGUAAGAUCGAGGUGGAGUGCGGCAGCCGGGAGGAGGGCAGUGAGGCGGCCACGGCAGGAGCCGACAUCGUCAUGCUGGACAACUUUAAGCCACAGGAACUCCAUGCGGCUGCCCAGCUUCUGAAGGAGGAGUUCCCGUCUGUGCUAAUCGAGGCCAGUGGAGGGGUGACCCCAGACUCCCUGCCCCAGUAUCUCUCCCCCCACGUGGACAUCAUCUCUCUGGGCUGCAUAACCCAGGGCUGCCCCGUGGUAGACUUCUCCCUCAAGGUUCAAAAGCCUGUUGCCUUUCCAAUCAUUUUCCAAUCACAGUAACUGGCAAUUCAGGAUUUUUGUUAAUAAAGUGAAAAUAAAAAGCAAUGGUCAAUUUCCUCACAAUUGAUCCUGGAGAUGAUCAAGAGACAAAAAAAUCCAGGAAUGUUACAUGAGAUUUAAAACUGACAUUCAGAGAUGGUGACUGUAUAAUUUCUAUGAUGCGUACAACUAAUUUAUAAAUCAUUAUUAAAACUGUGAAGUAAGA